AUGCUUCUGGAUAGCAACGCGAUAGUUGCCAACUUCUUCUCCUUUUACGGCUUCCGUGGUUUCCUGCGUGAGGAUGGAAAUGAUCUAUUCCUCCGACUGCAUGUCCUCGACCAUGGCAACGCUCUCACCUGCAUGUCCCGGAAGCUUGACGACUGUGUCAGUCCUUACGGUGGGGAAAGGUGCGGGCUGCCUAUUAGUGCUCCACGUUCUCUUUGCGUCGCUUUCCAAUCACUCUACUUCCUUGCAGGCGAUCCGAGAAUUGAUCCAGUCGGAUUGAGAGUGGAAGUGGAUACUUUUGCGCGACAUUGUCUUUGUGCCGAGCACGCAGCAAGUGAGGACGCAGUACAUGGCGUGACGGAGAGACUGUUCAUUGCUGUUCAGCGAUGGCAGUGCAGGCGAGUCUUCAUGGACGAGCCCGGUGGGUUCUCUUCCACACCCCCAGAAGAACGCCCAGGCGCGUCAAGGUUAUCGCAAUUCUUCAUCGCCAGAGCUCCCAAUCCAACCGCCAGACGUCGCCCGAAAUUCAGAGGCAAUGCGAUCGACUGUGAAGUCGAGUACGAUAGCUGGGGCGUUCCCCACGAAAGAAAGUCUCUCGCCGAAAACCGGCCAGAACAACGCCGGCUGCUGAGACCACCUCAGUAUAUCCGCCCAAUCGUCGAUGGUAAGACCGCCGAAGGACAUCUUGAUGCUGUCGGUGGACAGCCACACCUGCGGCGGAGUCAUUACCAGAACUUCAAGGGCCGCGCUAAAAAUGCCAUGGGAAAGAUUGUGAGAGACGCGACGUAG